AUGAGGGAGAAUCGACAACAAGUAUUCUUCGUGGAGUUCGCUGAUGCAAUCCGUCCAGUACUCAAGAACACAGUUGUCUAUCUGACUGGUGGAUUCCGUACAGUUGGAGCAAUGGUUGACGCAGUUCAACGGAAUACAACACAAAGAAUCGGACUAGGACGUCCAGUUACUGCUGUUCCAGAUCUCCCAAAGAAGAGUGUCAAUGGAAGUGUUCCAUCAGCAAAAAUCUUGGCAAGUAGAUCACAAUUGGAGCAGAUGGGAAGAAAGAGCACUUUCAACUUUCUGCUCUGGAGUUUCAUUGAGAGUAAAUUCAAAGAUGCCCUCGACAGUUCAAAGAAACCAAAUAUUUACCCUCCAGUUCAUUACUAA